AUGGCCAACAAUCUUAAGCCUCUCACUUUGCACGCCCACUCCACGGGCCCGAACCCAUACAAGGUCGCUAUUCUCCUCGAGGCCCUUGGUAUUCCCUACAAUGUCAAGCUUUGGACCUUUGGCGACGACUCUCAUGGAGUCAAAGGCCCCGAGUUCCUCGCCAUCAACCCCAACGGUCGAGUUCCUGCGCUGCAGGAUCCCAACACCAACGUCACCAGCUGGGAAAGCAUGGCCUGCCUGAACUACCUGAUCCGCACAUACGAUCAAACAGGCAAGUUUGGUGCAGGCCCAGAGGCAACAGAGCAAUCCAAGGUCGAAAUUGAGCAAUGGACCAGCUUCUUGAUCAGCACCAUGGGCCCCAUGAUUGGACAGUGCAACUGGUUCCGCCACUACAAUCCAGUCAAGAACGACGAUGCCUACAAGCGUUACGAGGCACAGGCUUACCGAUGCCUCGGUGUCCUUGAGGCCCAGCUGAAGACCAACGAUGGCAAAUGGAUUCUUGCAGGCCCUGAGCCCAGCAUCGUCGACUUCCACUUCGAGCCGUGGGUCAAGCAGUACGACUACGCUGGCCUGACCCUCCAGGACUACCCCAAGGUCCAUGAGUGGCUGAAGACAGUGCAGGCUCUCCCUGAGCGGGUUAGGGCCUAUGCCAAGGUUCCUGCUGGAGAGGAGGCUUAG